GCCUGAGAACCAGCCAGGAGGGCAAAGUGCACCCUCGGCCUGGACGACCAUAAUUUCGGAGCAGAUUGUUUGUAACUUGACUCUUUUCUCUCGCGCCAGGUUGACUUGGAUCGUCGGACUUUGCACAAAGGCGCGUCUGUGCAGGUCAGGGCGGAAGUAACGGGGAGUAGUUUCCUCCUUUUUUGGUUUUCUGCCUACCUGAGAGCAGCCCGACUGAGGCAGGAGAGAAGAACAUCAGGUCCGUGACAUGGAAAUAAGUUUGAUGCGCACCUGAGCCGGUCUCGGACCUUCCAGCAUGGCCGUGAGUGCAAGCACACCUGCAGGCGUCGUCAUGCCGCCAAGUCUGUUCCUUCUGCUGCUGGUGACCACCGAGCUUGUGUGGGGAAGUUCUAAAAUUGUGUCGAGAGACUUCAGAUCCUACAACGCGACUGGGCCCGACAUCGCCGCCAUCGUGGCCCCCACGGUCACGCUGGGCCUGCUGGCCGCGGUCCUGGCGGCGCUGGCGGCGUGGCUGCUGUGCGUGGUGAAGAAGAAGCGUCAGACGGAGGGCACGUACAGACCCAGCGCCGAGGAACAGAGCGGCACUCGGAGCUCGGCCGCCACGGACGUGCUGAAGUUACCCAAGGAGGAGAGACUCAUUUGACAUUGACCUUUGACCCCCCUGAGAAGAGCAUCAAAAAGGAGACGUGUUUACUGGCAUCGUCCAGCAGAUUCUGCCAACACUUUUUCAGUAUUUUAUAAACAUUUCCCCUUCUUUGGUCAGGAAGUUAUGUAGCACACAAAUAGUCAAGUUGUCACCUUGUCUAAAUGCUAAAUAAAAAGAAAAUACAACAAAUCCUUUUCAACUUAUAUUCAAUUAAAUCAGGGGUGUCCAAACUUUUUCCACUGAGGGCCACACUGAAAAAUCAAAGCGAGCGGGGGCCGUUUUGGUAUUUUUUUCAUUUAAAAACCAAUACAAUAAAUGUAUAAAAAAGUCUACAUUUAGUCCUCCGCCCAGGCUUGAUCCGGUCAAGCCAAAGGGUUUUGGGCAAAAAAAUAUAAAAAAUGUGUCAUUAUUCAGUAUUAUUAUUAUUAUUCAAAGUUUAAAUCUGUGGAUCAACAUGAGGUCAAAAAAACAUUUUAAACAUUUAAGUUGUAUGCCCUUUUUGUCAAAGAAGAACCCAGGUUUUUUAUGGAAAAAAUCACCAAAUGUGCAAUAUUUUUCCUCAAUUAAAUUUUAAAGUGAAAUAUUUAAUUUUGUAAAAUAUUUUGGAGCUUUAAAAAUGUCAAUAACUCAUAACAACAUUGACAUUUUUUGAGCAAUGACACAAACAAAAAAAAAUCCAACUAAAAUUAUUGGCGAUCCAAAAGUGUUCCACUCAUUAAAGUCUUAAGAAAUAAAUUCUUUUUUUUACUGUUUACUUUUAGCACAAUAAUCUCGAGAUCAGCUUCAGAUCCAUCCUUUAAAUUAUAAGUUUGAUUGUUGUUCAUGUUUUUUUUUGUGUCCGUUUUAGGCCCUUCUUUAAAAAAAAAAAAAAUCAGCUCAGUUUUUUACAUAGCAAACACAAAAUAUGCAACAUUUUCCCCAAAAAUAUCUCAAAGUGGAAUAUUUAAUGUGACAUAAUUGGAGCCCUGAAUAGGUCAAUAAUUGUAUUAUUAUUUUUGAAAGAAACAGCCUGCAUGGCAGCUUUGUAAUAUUAGACUAAACAUUACAACCCUUUAUUGUUACAUUUCACCUGUUUGCUCUUUUAUACCACCUUUGUUUUUUUUAUCGUAUUUUUAGAAUGUGUUGUGGAGCCGUUAAAAAAUGACCGGUGGGCCGCACUUUGGACACCCCUGAAUUAAAUAGACCGCAAAGACAAGAUAUCACAUGUUAUUUUCUGCAAAUAUUAGCUCAUUUGGAAUUUGACGCCUGCAGCAUGUUUCAACAAAGCUGGCACAAGUGGCAAAAAAGACCGACAAAGUUGAGGAAUGCUCAUCAAACACUAGGAAUUUGGAGAUUUCACCAUCCACGCUCCGUAAUAUCAUCAAAAGGUUCAGAGAAUCUGGAGAAAUCACUGCACGUAAGCGGCAAGGCCGAAAACCAACAUUGAAUGCCCGUGACCUUGGAUCCCUCAGGCGGUAAUGCAUCAAAAAGCCACAUCGGUGUGUAAAGGAUAUCAUCACAUGGGCUCAGGAACACUUCAGAAAACCACUGUUACUAGCUGCAGUUGGUCGCUACAUCUGUAAGUGCAAGUUGAAACUCUACUAUGCAAAACCAAAGCCAUUUAUCAACAACACCCAGAAACGCCGCCGACUUUGCUGGGCUUGAGCUCAUCUAAGAUGGACUGACGCAAAAUGGAAAAGUGUUCUGUGGUGUGACGAGUCCACAUUUCAAAUUGAUUUUGGAACACUGUGGACCAAAGAGGAAAAGAACCAUAGGGACUGUUCUAGGGUGAAAGUGUUCUAGUCAGCAUGUGUGAUGGUAUGGGGGUGUAUUAGUGAUUGUUGUAGGGUGAAAGUGUUGUAGUCAGCAUGUGUGAUGGUAUGGGGGUGUAUUAGUGAUUGUUGUAGGGUGAAAGUGUUGUAGUCAGCAUGUGUGAUAGUAUGGGGGUGUAUUAGUGAUUGUUGUAGGGUGAAAGUGUUCUAGGCAGCAUGUGUGAUGGUAUGGGGGUGUAUUAGUGAUUGUUGUAGGGUGAAAGUGUUCUAGGCAGCAUGUGUGAUGGUAUGGGGGUGUAUUAGUGAUUGUUGUAGGGUGAAAGUGUUCUAGGCAGCAUGUGUGAUGGUAUGGGGGUGUAUUAGUGAUUGUUGUAGGGUGAAAGUGUUGUAGUCAGCAUGUGUGAUGGUAUGGGGGUGUAUUAGUGAUUGUUGUAGGGUGAAAGUGUUGUAGUCAGCAUGUGUGAUGGUAUGGGGGUGUAUUAGUGAUUGUUGUAGGGUGAAAGUGUUCUAGGCAGCAUGUGUGAUGGUAUGGGGGUGUAUUAGUGAUUGUUGUAGGGUGAAAGUGUUGUAGUCAGCAUGUGUGAUGGUAUGGGGGUGUAUUAGUGAUUGUUGUAGGGUGAAAGUGUUCUAGGCAGCAUGUGUGAUGGUAUGGGGGUGUAUUAGUGAUUGUUGUAGGGUGAAAGUGUUCUAGUCAGCAUGUGUGAUGGUAUGGGGGUGUAUUAGUGAUUGUUGUAGGGUGAAAGUGUUCUAGGCAGCAUGUGUGAUGGUAUGGGGGUGUAUUAGUGAUUGUUGUAGGGUGAAAGUGUUGUAGUCAGCAUGUGUGAUAGUAUGGGGGUGUAUUAGUGAUUGUUGUAGGGUGAAAGUGUUCUAGGCAGCAUGUGUGAUGGUAUGGGGGUGUAUUAGUGAUUGUUGUAGGGUGAAAGUGUUCUAGGCAGCAUGUGUGAUGGUAUGGGGGUGUAUUAGUGAUUGUUGUAGGGUGAAAGUGUUGUAGUCAGCAUGUGUGAUGGUAUGGGGGUGUAUUAGUGAUUGUUGUAGGGUGAAAGUGUUGUAGUCAGCAUGUGUGAUGGUAUGGGGGUGUAUUAGUGAUUGUUGUAGGGUGAAAGUGUUCUAGUCAGCAUGUGUGAUGGUAUGGGGGUGUAUUAGUGAUUGUUGUAGGGUGAAAGUGUUCUAGGCAGCAUGUGUGAUGGUAUGGGGGUGUAUUAGUGAUUGUUGUAGGGUGAAAGUGUUCUAGGCAGCAUGUGUGAUGGUAUGGGGGUGUAUUAGUGAUUGUUGUAGGGUGAAAGUGUUCUAGGCAGCAUGUGUGAUGGUAUGGGGGUGUAUUAGUGAUUGUUGUAGGGUGAAAGUGUUCUAGGCAGCAUGUGUGAUGGUAUGGGGGUGUAUUAGUGAUUGUUGUAGGGUGAAAGUGUUGUAGUCAGCAUGUGUGAUGGUAUGGGGGUGUAUUAGUGAUUGUUGUAGGGUGAAAGUGUUCUAGGCAGCAUGUGUGAUGGUAUGGGGGUGUAUUAGUGAUUGUUGUAGGGUGAAAGUGUUCUAGUCAGCAUGUGUGAUGGUAUGGGGGUGUAUUAGUGAUUGUUGUAGGGUGAAAGUGUUCUAGGCAGCAUGUGUGAUGGUAUGGGGGUGUAUUAGUGAUUGUUGUAGGGUGAAAGUGUUGUAGUCAGCAUGUGUGAUAGUAUGGGGGUGUAUUAGUGAUUGUUGUAGGGUGAAAGUGUUCUAGGCAGCAUGUGUGAUGGUAUGGGGGUGUAUUAGUGAUUGUUGUAGGGUGAAAGUGUUCUAGGCAGCAUGUGUGAUGGUAUGGGGGUGUAUUAGUGAUUGUUGUAGGGUGAAAGUGUUGUAGUCAGCAUGUGUGAUGGUAUGGGGGUGUAUUAGUGAUUGUUGUAGGGUGAAAGUGUUGUAGUCAGCAUGUGUGAUGGUAUGGGGGUGUAUUAGUGAUUGUUGUAGGGUGAAAGUGUUCUAGUCAGCAUGUGUGAUGGUAUGGGGGUGUAUUAGUGAUUGUUGUAGGGUGAAAGUGUUCUAGGCAGCAUGUGUGAUGGUAUGGGGGUGUAUUAGUGAUUGUUGUAGGGUGAAAGUGUUCUAGGCAGCAUGUGUGAUGGUAUGGGGGUGUAUUAGUGAUUGUUGUAGGGUGAAAGUGUUCUAGGCAGCAUGUGUGAUGGUAUGGGGGUGUAUUAGUGAUUGUUGUAGGGUGAAAGUGUUCUAGGCAGCAUGUGUGAUGGUAUGGGGGUGUAUUAGUGAUUGUUGUAGGGUGAAAGUGUUCUAGUCAGCAUGUGUGAUGGUAUGGGGGUGUAUUAGUGCCCAAGACAUGGCUAACUUACACAUCUGUGAAGGCACCAUUAAUGCUGAAAGGUACAUACAGCUUUUGGAGCAACAUAUGUUGCCAUCCAAACAACGUUAUCAUGGACGCCCCUGCUUAUUUGCGGGUACUAGACUGGCCUGCCUGUAGUCCAGACAUUGAAAAUGUGUGCAGGCUAAAAUAUGAGGCAGGAGACUGUUGAACAACUUAAGCUGUACAUCAAGCAAGAAUGGGAAAGAAUUCCACUUCAAAAAUGUGUCUCCUCAGUUCCCAAACCUGCACUGAGUGUUGUUCAAAGGAAAGGCCAUGUAACACACUGGUAAAAAUGCCUUUAAAAUGCAUUCUAACUUCAUGAUUAUUUGCAAAUCUAUUAUUUGUAGUCUAUUCAAUUGAAUAUAAUUUGAAAAGGAUUUGUUGUAUUCUUUUGUUAUUUAGCAUUUCCACAAGGUGACAACUUCACUGCUUCUGUACUUCAAUCCCACUAUUUGACCUCAAAGGUCGACAUUUAUUCUCACACCUUUUUGUGAUUUAAUUGACACUUUUCAUCUCAACAAUUGAACAAGUUGCAUCAAAUCAGAAUGUUUAGUUUUAUUUUAAUUUCUGCAUGCAUGGCCCAAUAAACAUCUGCUGGAUUUGUGCAGGAA